AUGCCACAAAAUUCACUCGACAAACAAUCACAUCACCAUCAUCAGCAGCAACAGCAGCAGUUUCAUCAUCAAUCAUCUGUUCCACAAGAUAUCAACAAGUUCGAGCGUCCUCAUAGUCGACGCCAUCAAGUUCGUCAUUAUGGCUUAAGCUUGUUAGCGUUACCAGUGCUAGCCAUUAUCUUGUUAGCCCAAUGUUCCCCAUCUUCGGCCUUAGUUGUUCCCAAUGAAUUACCCUCUAUCUUGUCGCUAGUUUAUUCAAAUAUACCGCCCAUCAAAAAAGGCACAGAUUCACGUCUCGGAUUUGGUUUUAGACUUGGCAAUCAUGCUGAUUUCCAAGUUAUGGUUGAAUUGGGUCCACAAAAAGAAACACGCCCCAUUGGUGAUCAGGAUAGUGGAUCAUCUUUCAAUAAACGACAGGUGAACAGGCAGCAACAACGUGCUGUACAAAGAGAUGCCAUAAGGGCAGAACAACAAUCACAAGUGACUAAAACCACUGAAACUCAAACAACAAAUUCCUGGCUAGAAAAAUGGGCCAGUCAAGUAAAUGAUGCCAAAACGGCUAAAAAGCAAGCUGCACCCAAAGCGAAGCCAUACAAAAAACCCAUUGCAACCAAACCUGCCCAAGCUGUACCCUCAAUGCCUCAACAAAUGAAAACACAAGCCCAGGCCAUUCAACAGUUACAAAUGCUGUAUAAAAUGGCCACCUCAACAACAGACGAAGACUUGACGCCAACCACUAGCAGUACAACUGUGGCCCCCAAUGCCCCUAUACAAAAUCUCCAGGAACGUUUAAAACUUUACAAACCUCCGGCAAAUUUAGAAGAAUUACAAAUUUUAAUGCAAAAAUCCCAGGCUCAAACAAAAGCGGAAGUCACCAAAGAACUGAUGGAUGUCAAUUUGGAUGAGUGA